AUGAGGAUACGACUUCCAUUCGCAGGAGUCUUCUUCCUGCUGCUCCUCCUCGCAGGCUACGCUGGCCUGACCUCCCUCCAAGUCGGAGCCUACGUCAACGACAAAGUCCUCCACACCGUCACCUUCUUCCUCCUCACCGUAGUCUUCUACUGGAUCGUCGACACAAACCGCCGCCGGACCCUUCACUUCACGCUGGUGGUGUGCACACUAUGCCUGGGCGUCGGCUCCGAGUUCCUGCAGGGCUUCCUGCCCAACGGCCGCGACUUUGACUUCUACGACAUCGUCGCCAACCUGGUGGGCAGCCUGGCGGGGCUGGGCCUGUGCUCCAUGUACCACAAGCGCAUGUUGGAGAGGAAGAGGAGCCGCAAAUCCUACACGGCCGUCCCCGACGGAGCGGAAGAAGAGGGCGACAUCGAGCUCGGGGAAGGCGUUGUUGGCGCACAGGAGAGCGGCAUCAUGGAGGCGUCCGGCGCAGCAGGCGAGGGCCCGUCUAGCAAGACAAUGUCCUUGGAGGAGCAGGUUGACAACUGGGACGAGAACGCACCGGAUGACUGGGACGGCGUUGAUGAUGUGCACGAUGAAGAGCCGAAGAAACGUGCCGACUGA